AUGGCCACUUCAGAUAGCGGCGGUCUUAGUGGGAACAUCGCGAUUUUGACAGCUCCAAAUCUGCAAAUGACUUUAGUUGAUUUACCAAGACCUUCAGGUCAAUCAUUAGAUAAUUGUACCAAUUCUAACUAUAAGAACUUCAAUGUUCUCAACACAGAUUUGAACUUACAGGUUUCAUUCGAUGAUAAAGUUAUAACAGGAACUGUUACUUUUGAACUUCAAACCAUUAAGGAAUGUGAUACUAUAAUUUUAGAUACUUCCUAUUUAUUUGUCAGAUCAGUUUCUGUGGAUCAACAGCCUGUGGAUUAUAAAUUAUGUGCUAGAAAACCUAUCUAUGGAUCACCUUUGGAGAUUAGUCAUAAAUGUCAAGGAAAAGUCUCCGUUAGUGUGGAAUUCAGUACUACUGAGAAGAGUACCUCCAUUCAAUUCAUUAGAGGUGACACCGGUCCAUAUUUGUUCUCUCAAAGUGAAAUGAUUCAUGCCAGAUCCUUCUUCCCUUGUUUUGAUACUCCAGCCAUCAAAUCAACUUAUACCAUUCAAGUAGAAUCACCUCAUAAUGUAUUGAUGUCAGCCAGACCAAUUGCUACUGAGGGGGAUGUUUAUAAAUUCAAACAACCGGUUCCUAUCCCAUCAUAUUUAGUUGCCAUUGCCAGUGGGAACAUUGUGUCUGAACCAAUUGGACCAAGAUCUAAAGUGUUUUCAGAAACUCCAAAUAUUGCUGAUUGUAAAUGGGAAUUUGAAAAUGACAUGGAAAUCUUCUUGAAAGUAGCUGAAUCAUUAACUUUUGCUUAUGAAUGGGAAACUUUUGAUGUUUUGGUGUUACCUAUGAGUUUCCCUUAUGGAGGAAUGGAAAAUCCAAAUAUCACUUUCGCUACCCCAACUUUGAUCUGUAAAGAUAGAUCUCAAGUCAAAGUCAUUGCUCAUGAAUUGGCCCAUAGUUGGGCUGGUAAUUUAGUAACCAACUGUUCAUGGGAACAUUUCUGGCUUAAUGAAGGAUGGUGUGUUUACCUUGAAAGAAGAAUUUUAGGAGGAGUUGCUAGUUUAAAAGCCAAAAUGGAUGGAAGACAAGAUUAUCUUGAAUAUGGAGAAAAAUCUCGUCAUUUUGAUGCCAUCUUGGGUUUUGGUGAUUUGAAAGAAUCUGUAAAUAACAUUAAUCCUGAAUUCACUUCAUUAGUAUGGGAUUUGAAUAAUAAAGAUCCAGAUGAUGCCUUCUCCAAAGUUCCUUAUGAAAAGGGAUUCUUCUUCCUUUUCUACUUGGAAACAAUCUUAGGGGGUCCAAAAGAAUUUGAUGAGUUCAUUCCUCAUUAUUUCAAGACCUUUAGAUAUAAGUCAUUGGAUUCAUUUGAGUUUAUUGACGAAUUAUACAGAUUUUUCGAACCAAGAGGGAAGAAGGAAAUCUUGGAUUCCAUUGAUUUCAAGAAAUGGUUAUUUGGAAAAGGAAUGCCUGAAGAACCUAAAUUCGAUAGAACUUUAGUAGUUGAAGUUGAAGAGUUAGUUGAAAAAUGGUUAGAUUUCUUCAAAUCAGGUAAAGAUGAUUUCAGUCAAUUCUCCAUUAAUGAUAUUGAGACUUUUGAAUUCAAUCAACAUUUGUUAUUCUUGGAUAAAUUAUGUGCUGAACUUGAAAGCAUCAAUCCAUCAAGUCAAUUGAUCAUGAAAUUACCUGAAGUUUAUCCAUAUUAUACCAAAACAGGAAACUUUGAAUUGAUUGCCUCGUUCAACACUAUUCUCAUCAAAUACGGAAACUUAACUGAAACUGAUAAAGUAGUGGUUAACUUCGCUGACUGGUUAGGUACUGUUGGAAGAAUGAAAUAUGUAAGACCAGGAUUCAAAUUGUUGAGUACCAAAGUUAGUAACGAAUUUGCCAUCACAACAUACAAGAAAUAUGAAUCAUUAUAUCAUCCAAUUUGUAAAUCUUUAGUAGAAAAAGAUAUUGGUUUAGUAUAA